UGAUCAAUAGUUAAGCAGAUGGAGCUUAUAAUUACAAGCAGUACGUGAAGCCAUUUUUGGUGUGAAAUGGUGAAAAUGGAAGAGCGGGAGGCGAGUGUGGGAGGAGAAAGAGGAAGGCUGAAGAGAGAAAAGUUGUAUGAAGAGGUGAAACCAUAUGUUUAUUGCAUAUUCUCUAACUUUUGCUUUGCAGGAUACAACUUAAUCUCCAAGAUCUCUCUGGACAAAGGCAUGAGUCGUUAUGUGCUUGUUGCCUAUGGACAUGCUUUUGGAACAUUAGCUACUGCUCUUCUUGCAUUUCUCUUUGAAAGGAAGAAUGAGAGCAAAAUUAGCGUACCAAUCCUACGAAAUGUCUUCUUUUUGGGUCUGCUGGGAGCUGUGCUAGGGAGGACGCUGUUUUAUGCUGGACUGGAACAGACUUCACCAGCUUUUGCUUCUGCAUUAGGCAACUUGAUUCCAUCAAUGACCUUUAUCUUAGCAGUACUUUGCAGGAUGGAGAAAUUAGAGAUUUGUAGGCUUGGUUCUCAAGCAAAGAUAUUGGGAACAGUUGUUGCCUUUGGUGGUGCAACACUCAUGACCCUUUACAGGGGGAUUCCCCUGAUUUCUCUACAUAAUCAAAGCUCGCAUCAACAUGCCACUUCCUCAAAACCAUUCUUAGACAGGGAUUCAAUAAAGGGCUCCCUCAUACUUCUCGUUUCAUACCUUUCACUCUCAUCAUUCUACAUAUUACAGACGGCUACAGUCAAGAUAUAUCCAGCACCAAUAACUCUCACGUCAUUGACGUGCUUAUCGGGUACUUUUCUCUCUACUAUCAUGACAGCGAUUUUGGAUCAUAAAGCUUCAUCAUGGAAAUUAUCAUGGAACAUUACCCUUCUCGCACCAAUCUAUAGUGGAGUUAUGAUAUUUGGAGUUACAGUUUAUGUUCAAACGUUGGUAAUAAGGAAAAAAGGACCAGUUUUCAUGACAGCAUUUCGACCGUUGGCCACAGUAAUUGUAGCCGUUAUGGGAUUACUCAUUUUAGGAGAUGCUUUAUACUUGGGAAGUGUUAUUGGGGCGACAUUGAUAUUUCUUGGUCUAUAUGCAACUCUAUGGGGGAAGGAAAAAGAGAAGGGGGAUAAGGUGUCAGAGCAAACGGUGUCAGAGGAAAGUAUUGAAAUCAAACAUGAAAAGUAAGAGUUUGAUAAAUAUGUAAAUAAUAAUUUCUUAUAUGUUUAGAGAAAUACACUUACUUAAUUGUAAUUAAUUUGUCUAAGAGCGUGCAAUAUAUUAUUAGGAUCUAUUGACAAAACGAUGCAUU